AUGCAAGACAAGAGUGCAAGGUGGGCCAGCAGACGCAGGAGAGAGGACCUGUCCCGUGAUGACUUGCUGUUUCUGCUCAGUAUUCUGGAGGGAGAGCUACAGGCCAGAGAUGAGGUAAUCGCUGUGUUGAAACCUGAGAGGACGGAUCCAGCUCUACUGAGGGCCCACUAUGGUUUUGGUGGACCAGAAAAGGUGCUCUGUGCCCUGCAGAGAGACUCCAUCCAGGCCCAAAAGGACCUCCUGCAGGACGUGUACAAAAAUCCAAUCGCUGAGUUCAACCACUUUGUAAAGGCUCAGAAGCGCUCAUCCGAACAGAUGCUGGAGCAGUUCCUGGAGGUAUCUCGGUCUCAUAGCAGCAUUCUCCACAAGCUCGAGGAGCAAGAGAAGAGCCACAGGGCUUCAAUCCAGAAGAGCAACUGCCUGACCACUCUCCUGGAGCAGGACAGAGAGAGACUUAAGCUCCUGAUCGCAAAGGAAAGAGAGUACCAGGAGAUAAGGCAUCAGAAAAGUGAAAGAGAGGUAUCGGCUCUAAAGGACGAGCUGAACACGCUGAAGGCUUUUGCGCUGCUGGUUGUUCAGGAGCAACAGAGUCUGAGCGAGCAGCUGGAGGAGCAGCAGCGUCGUGUCAAAGAGCUUACCACCAUCACUGACCACAUCAAGCAGGAGGUCAGAGCUGCUCACCCCAGUUCUCUGCACCUCGAAGUGGAGCUAAAUAACCAAGUUUCUAUCUUCAACAAAGGCCAGGAUACCAUGACGGCCCCAAGCUUGCUGUCAGAGGUGGAGGUGCUGAGGAGGAGGGUGGUGGAAAUGGAAGGGAAAGACGAGGAGCUGAUUCGCAUGUGGGACCAGUGUCGGGACUUGGACCGCAGACUGGCGAGGGAGACCAGCUACUGUCGCAGCUUGAAAGUAGAGGUGGAUAAACUCACUGGCAGAAUCAGCGAGUUGGACAGGAUAGAGGACGCUUUAGGCAAGAGCAAACGGGACUGCACUCUCCUCAUGGGCAGCUUGGAGCAGGAGAGGGAGGUUAGCAAGAGGCUGUCGGCUGAGCUCAACACUCUGAAGGUCAGGGUGAGAGAGCUCGAGGCUGUUGAAAGCAAACAGGAAAAGAGUGAAGCGGUGAUUAGACAGGACCUGACCAAGCUCAGAUCACUCACUGUAGCUUUGGUGGAGGACAGGAAGACGAUGGCAGAGAAGCUCAAACAGGCUGAGGAAAAACUCAACAGGAAAGAGGGCAAGAGGAAUGAGCACAGCAAUUUGGCAACAAUGACAGAAAGACUGAAAGAUGAGACGCAACAGGCACUGAGGUGUAAGGCAGAUUUGGAGGAAAGGAUUAGGAGCAUAGGAAAGGAAAAAGAAGAGCUCCAGGGCAGACUAAUAGCAGAGGAGGAGAGGACCAGAGAGCUGCAAAGUAAAAUGACGAUAAUGAGAAGUAGGUUACAGGUGCUGGAAAACAGGAAGGAAAAGGAGGAGAAGUACGCACACAGUUCGAUAUCGAACAACACUAACCAUCGCCGCUGCCAAACAGAAGACAAUAAAGUCAAAGAACUGACCCAAGAGCUAGACAGGCUGCGAAAGAGACUACAGGACAAGGAGGUGUUGGAGGGAGAACUGGUGCAGGUGGAGGGGGACUUUGAGUCCCUGCAAAAGAGGUUCAGGGAUGAGCUGAAGAGGUCCCAGGCUCUAACAGAGGAGCUUGAGAUGUCAAAGAGGGAACUUUCAAAGUACAAGCAGGCGGAGAAGCAGGACGUCAACCAGGAACACCUUCUCCUCUGCCGUCUUCAGAAGGAGCAGGUUAAAUCCCGGCUGUUAGGCAGGGAGGUGGAUACUUUGAAGGAGAAACUGCAGAAGCUGAUGGGAACCGACGAGUCCAUCUGCAGGGUCCAGACGGAUCACUCCAUGCUGCAGAGGAAGCUGACCCUGCAGGAGGGCAGGAACAGAGAGCUGGCCAAAGAGAUGAAGGAACUGAGUGGUGAGCUUGAAAGGUACAGACAAAGUAAGAACCUUUCAUCUGGUGCCAACGGGCCACACUUCCCUGACCUUUAUCAGACCACCAAAGAAGUGCAGACGGAUCCGGACGACAGCCUGCCUCCUUACAGCAAUCAUGGCAGGAGAGUAGAAGAAGAAAGCGAGGAGGAGGACCCGAACCACAAUGAGGAAGUCUCAAGCAGAAGAAGCUCUCUUGUCAAUAACCUCAACAGCCUGAACAGUGCAAAUAACAAUGUAAGCCAACACAGCAGCCAAUCAACCAACGGCAUUGAUGUGCACCAAGCAAAUGGUGAGGUGAUGACGUUAACGCACACACCAGGGCAGCCCUUGCACAUCAAAGUAACACCUCAUCACAUACUUAAUACAGCUACACUUGAGAUUAGCAGCCCAACCGGGGACGCAGCUACGUCCUACACCAGCACUGCAGUCAUUCCGACAACUGGGGCAUCACCUAAGCAGAGGAUCACCAUCAUCCAGAACUCCCCAGUGUCUGCAAACGCUAAAACACCCCCUUCAAGCCCCGAUGGCACCGUCUCCCCAACAAUCUCCCGGGUGCUUAGUCCAAAUUCCCCACGCUCCCCGACACCAGACCACACCGGUUCUCCGAUUCAGAUCGUAACAUUCCGUACCUGUUCCCCAGAGCCGGCAGAGGUCGCCAAUCAGGCUUCAGCGUUCUGCAAGACACCAGAGCGGCAGAACAGCUGGCAACAUCAGAGGUCCAACAGUGCCGACACAAGCCCAAGCAUCAUCACCACAGAAGAGAACAAGAUCCAUAUCCACGUGGGGAGCCCCUACAUCCAGUCUCUGAAUGGUAUGACCCACAGCAUCCCGCAGCCUGUCGGGCCGUACUACCUCCGACAUGAGCAGCGGACGCAAGUGCUCACCAAUGGCUGUCAUGUCACGGGUGUCGGCAAGAUUACAAGUAGCAUCACUAUAUCCCCUGCUUCCUCUUCAGCUUCACAUUCCUCUAAUAUUACAGUAAGUGGCCUUUGUGAUUAGGUGGGAAUGUGUAUAUCCCAAACAUGCAACAUUGGCUGGUCAGUCACAUUCCUGAACUACUAAACAGUAUUCCUCCAGAUUUUAACAAACUUUAAAUAAACAUGUUAUGGUAUCUGUCCUACUACAGCCUUUGUAAAGCCUACUUGAUUUAGUUAGUGUCUUUAACAACCCUGUACUGACUGUAUGGUAUGUGUUUCUAAUGCCUGUAUUAGAGCUAAGUAAAACAUGUGAUAUGCUUUUCA